AUGAUGCCUCAAUCCGUCAGUUCCAUUGCUAGCUUUGGCAUGGGGGAAAAUAAUUCACAAGCGUCAAGGUUGGAGACUCUUGACAUGUAUUAUCUUGACACGCCGCGAACAUGUUUUGUGUCGCCUUCAUCGGAGUCCGUCUCGAGCAGCAGUUUGGUUUUGUUCGAGUCGGGACAAUCUAUCUUGUAUCAGGCUUCUGCGGGAGCAUACUCUCUUAAUGCCAUAUCCGUUGGUGCCUCAAGCGCCUUGUUUGGCCUCUUAGGACCAAUGUUAUCGGAACUUCUUAUCAAUUGGACUACUUAUGACAACAAGGGUGUGGCUCUGGUAAUGCUAUUGGUGAUUGUUGGUGUUAACUUAGCAUUAGGGACACUUCCUCCUGUUAGUAACUUUGCUCAUAUUGGAGGUUUCAUUGGUGGGUUUCUGCUCGGUUUUCUUCUUCUGAUUCAUCCACAGUUCGAAUGGGAGGAAAACCGGGUUUCUACUCUUGUGCCCGGUUCAGUUGUUAAACCGAAGUACAACAUUUGCCAACUCGUGCUUUGUAUAGCUGCAGCCACUGUCUUUGUUGCCGGGUUUGUUUCUGGAUUGAUGAUACUAUCCAGAGGAGAUAACUUGAACAGAUAUUGUAAGCGGUGCCAUAAACUUAGCUACUCUGUUAAAUCCCAAUGGACAUGA